ACAUAGACAGAGACACCUCCAACGGAGUUGUUACGUGGUAGCAUUCCAAGGAACGCCGUUUCCUUACACAAAGAAAGAGAGAGAGAGAGAGAGUGUAACGGAAUCAGGAGGUAGCAUUAGCACAACAGACACGGUUCCAAAAGCUGCCUCCUCUCAUAAAUUCCCUGUCAACGCAUAAUCAUUCGAUUCAGUUAUCAUCUGUGACACCAUGGCACGGUGAUCACCAUCAUCACUACUUUGCGCACCCUUUGGAGUUAUGACUUAUGACAAUGAUGAUGUCACCGAUUCAGAUUAAUUCGCCACCCUCUCUCUGCUGAACCCACAACAAAAACAACACCUUUUUCUGCUUCCAACACUUUCUUUCAACCAUGUCGUUUAACCGUGCUGCUGCCACUGCUGGAGAAGAAGAUGAGCUCUACGAGCAACAGUGGAAGGCUUGCGCGGGACCCCAUGUCGAAGUUCCUCGUGCAGGCCAAAGGGUCUUCUACUUCCCUCAGGGACACAUGGAACAAUUAGAAGUAUCAACAAAUCAGGAACUAAAUCAAAGGAUUCCGCUGUUCAAACUUCCCUCCAAGAUCCUUUGUCGUGUCGUCAACGUCCAUUUACUGGCCGAACAAGAAACAGAUGAGGUUUAUGCACAGAUUACUCUGUUGCCGGAUUCCAAUCAAGCUGAGCCUACACGCCCUGAUCCAUGUCCUGCUGAACUUCCAAAGCCAAGAGUUCACUCCUUCUGCAAAGUCUUAACUGCCUCUGAUACCAGCACCCAUGGUGGCUUCUCUGUCCUCAGGAAGCAUGCCACUGAAUGCCUUCCAGCAUUGGAUAUGUCUCAAUCAACUCCAACUCAGGAAUUGGUUGCCAAGGAUCUUCAUGGCUAUGAAUGGCGCUUUAAGCAUAUAUUUAGAGGUCAGCCACGUAGACACUUGCUCACAACUGGAUGGAGUACUUUUGUGACCUCUAAGAGAUUAGUUGCUGGAGACACCUUUGUGUUUCUUAGAGGAAACGAUGGAGACUUGCGGGUUGGAGUGAGGCGUCAUGCUCCUGUGCAGAGCAGCAUGCCUUCAUCUGUGAUUUCUAGUCAGAGCAUGCACCUAGGAGUUCUUGCAACUGCAUCUCAUGCUGUUGCAACUCAGACUCUUUUUGUUGUAUAUUAUAAGCCAAGGACUAGCCAGUUCAUUGUAAGUGUGAACAAAUAUUUGGAGGCUAUCAACCAAAAAUGUAAUGUUGGUAUGAGAUUCAAGACGAGGUUUGAAGGAGAUGAUUCCCCUGAAGCUGAAAAAAGAUUUUCGGGCACAAUAGUUGGAGUAGAGGAUAUUUCUCCUCACUGGGUAAAUUCAAAAUGGCGAUCACUUAAGAUUCAAUGGGACGAACCGGCUUCUUUUCCGAGGCCUGAUAGAGUUUCACCAUGGGAGAUAGAACCCAUUUUUGCUUCUGUUCCUACAUCAUCAUCUCAACCUGCUGUUGUAAAGAAUAAAAGGCCUCGACAAGCAAAUGAAGUUCCAGAUCUUGGAGACACACCAUUACCUGCCUCUAAUUUCUGGGAUGCUGGGUCAACACAGUCUGAUAUGACUCAACUUAGUGUCAUGGCCGAAAACAAAAGGAGUGACAAUAGUACCCAUAUGUGGCAUCAUAAGCAGAUUGAUAACAGUAAAAGCAUUAGCAACGGUAUAUCAAUGAAUCAGACAGAAACAAGUUGGCUAGCUUCUCCUCAUUCUAGUGGCCCCCCUCAUUUGUAUCAUGACACUACCGAUGAUAGCAAGAGCAUCUCAGCUUGGCCUAUUUCCAAAACUCACUCAGAACGAUUGAACAAUGAUCAUUUGCUAGACCACGUCGACAAGGAGAUCAACAAAGUAGAGGCUGCUACAAGCUGCAGAUUGUUUGGGAUUGAGCUUAUUGAUCAUGCCAGGAACAACUCUCUUUGUGUAGAGAAUGCAUCUGUGCAUGCAACAAAUGCAUUUGGAGUCUCCUCUGAGUACAGAACUGAUGUAAAACAUGAGUCUGAUAUCUCAAAGGCUUCUAAAGAAUGGAAACAAGAAAAUCUACAAGUGCCUCCAAAAGAGACUCAGAUCAAGCAAGUUUGUAGCAGAAGUUGCACUAAGGUUCAAAUGCAGGGGGUUGCAGUGGGCCGUGCUGUGGACUUGACCACUUUAGAUGGGUAUGAUCAACUUGUUGAUGAAUUGGAGAUGAUGUUUGACAUAAAGGGACAGCUUCAACACAGGAAUAAGUGGGAAAUUGUCUUCACUGAUGAUGAAGGGGAUAUGAUGCUUGUUGGUGAUGAUCCAUGGCCUGAAUUCUGUAAUAUGGUGAGAAGAAUCUUCAUUUGUUCUAGCCAGGAUGUGCACAAAUUGAGUUCUGGGAGCAAACUACCUUUAUCAUCCGUAGAAGAGACUGUAAUAAGCUCAGACACAACUGAGACAUAAGACUUCUUCAUUGUUGUCCUUUCUAAGCUUUUGUUAGUCUUUUUUGUUGUUGCACCUAUUUUGCUUGUUUGAGGUAAGGAUGUUAGUUCAUUUGUGGUUAGGCAAGUUUCAUUUUAGAUGUGAAACAGUGGCUAAUUGUAGCUCGAUUUAGAGACUCUAGACACUAAUUUGGGUUCCAAAGACCAAACUGAAUGCUUUAAUAAAUUGGUUUUGAGAGGGGAAAAUUGGGCACAGUGGCUCACACACGUGAACAUUCAUAAAUGUGUUUCUAUUUGAAAGCAAAGUGUGCCUCUGUGGCUUUGAAAAUUGUAACAAAUGUCCAUUGCUGUUUAUGGGGAUUGGAAUUUGAAUGAUAGCGUUAAA